AUGGCGUCCAUGCCCAGAGCCGCAGCACGGCCAUUGCGAGCCAGCGCACCCACCACGACGACCCGCGCCGCGUCGACGGCGGCCCAAGGAGCUCCUCGGCAGUUCUUCCCCGUCCAGUCGUCGCCCUCGACCCCGAUCCGCCCGACCGCCAAGCCGCCCUCGCGAGAGUGGUACACGGCCCGCCCUUCCCUCACCCAGACGCUCGCCCACCUCGAUGCCGCCCUCACCCAGUCGCGCGCCCACCUGUUCCGCCAAGGCCUGCUCGGGUCCAUCUCGCAGUCGGUUGCGCACGACGCAGAGUUCCACGCCGUCCUGCCCCACCCGCGCCAGCGCAGGUGGAAGCCCGCCAAGGACAUGGCGGCCUACCUGCGCACCGGUGGUCAGCUCAAGUCGAGCCAGUACAAGCGCCUCACGGCCGCCCUCGCCGGCCUCGAGGGCCUCGUCCCGUACGCCCGCGUCGCCGACUCGCUCUCGCUCGACGGCGCACUCGACUCGAGCUCGAGCCCGCCCGCACUCGUCGUCGACCCCGUCGCGCUCGCGACCGGCCGCGCGUCCCCCUCGAGCUCGACCUCGACGUCGGGCGACAACGGCGACUCGGCGACGGCGCGCGGCGAGCCGUCGCACGGCCUCGCGACCCAGCUCGAGCAGCUCCUCGCGCGGUUCCAGCAGCCGGCCGCCGUGUCGUCGACGGGCGUCGCGCUCGAGCGCGUGAGCGGCCAGGCGCGCCGGCUCGGGACCCGUGACGAGCACGAGCGCGUGCUCGCCGUCGGUCGGCGCAAGGAGAGCGGCGCGCGCGUGUGGAUCGUGCCCGCGUCGUCGGCAGCGUCGGCGUCGGGCGGCGCAGACGUCGAGGCGGCCGUCGUCGACGAUGCGACGGGGCCGCUCGGGCGCGUCGUCGUCAACACGCUCCCGCUCCCGACCUACUUCUCGCAGCUGCCGCACCGCGACGCCGUCGUGCGCCCUUUGUCGCUCACGUCGAGCCUCGGCGCGUUCAACGUGUUUGCGAUCGUCAAGGGCGGCGGGCAGGCGGCGCAGGCCGAGGCGGUCGCCAUGGGGUUGGCGCGCGCGCUCGCCGAGUGGGAGCGCGGCGAGGUCGAGGCGGGCAGGAGGGAGGAAGGGAUCGUCUCCUGGAGGGACAUCCUCAAGCGUGCCAAGCUUAUCGAGCGGGAUCCGCGUGUCGUCGAGCGCAAGAAGACGGGCCGCGUCAAGGCGCGCAAGAUGCCGACCUGGGUCAAGCGUUAAAGCGAGGCGGCGCUUCCCUUGUCGGUCGGGGCAGGAGCGAGGACGUGCAACGCGCUCAGUUCCGCUCUCGAACAUU